UCCAUGUAACCUCACCUUUUUAGCAUUUUAUAGAUUUUAUAGAUUGAUUUAGUUUUUUACAAAUUUGUAUUAACAGAUCAUAAUUUUUUGAUACAAUCUCGCAUGUUUUAUCACAGAAAAAAAAGACCUUUUUAAAAUGGAGUAUUACUCAAAGGGUAAAAAUGUGGAGGAGUCUUUUGAAAAAGAAAAAAUACCCAUUAACAAUCUGCCUCACGACUUUACAUGGAUGCAGGUGCGCGGAGGAAGCAAAAUUAGGAAUUUGCUAAGUUAUGCUUUAAAAGAACUUUCCGAUACUAAACCUGUAUUGUGGACUGGUUAUGGACCAGCAAUAGGAAAAACUGUAACUUGUGCAGAAAUAAUGAAAAGGGAAUGCAAACAUGCUCUGCAUCAAAUCACUAAAAUUUGCUAUUAUGUGAUAGAUGAAUAUUGGUACCCCAAAAUAUCAGAAUUGGACCCAAUAGUUGUUAAUAAGAAGCUUCCAAUGAUCCAUAUUCUUUUGUCUUUCAUUCCUAUAAAUACUGAUGAUUUAAGUUACCAAGCACCUGGAUUGAAAGUUUCAUACCAUUUGAAAGAUAAACAGAAUAACACCCCAACUAAAUCAUUUAGUGAAAGGGAAACACCACAAAGAAAACAUAAUAAUAGAAGGAAAAACAAUUCAUCAAAGAAACAAAAAGAUCAAAAAUCCCAAUAAGGUUUCUACCCUUGAUCUUUAAUAUUUUUACAAAUAAAACAUGGCUUUUGUAUAUAAGAGAAAUACACCCAAUUCUAUUUUUA